UGUAGUAGAACGCUCCGUGGAUUUUUCUCUUAUGUGGUCUUUGGUGGAUUAAGUCAAUAUCAUAUUUUUGUGCCAAUGUCAUUGUCAAGGAAACUGUCCAGUUCUGUCCAAUAUAUUCAAUUCAAUAAUCUAAUUUCCAAUAUGAUCUAAUAUUCCAAGUUUACGAAAAAGGUGAGCUGGGACAAGCAAUAAGCGAGAGAAACUUGAAAACACAUUAGAAUUUAGUAGUAAUCAGGCAAACAAUAUAGCUAUCAUAUCGCUUAGUAGCACUGUCAUAGAAAAAUCAGAUUCGAGAAUUUUAUUUUUAUCAAGAAAUAUUUUUCUAUUUGUUACAAGGAAAAAUAAGAUUCUAAAAUGAAUAAAGAUAAAAAAGACCCAGACUACCCAGUUGAAUUGGAGAGUCAAUUUAUCAUGAGAUUUCCUGAAGAACCUGCAAAAUCAUUGAAAGAAUUGAUAAAAUCUGGUGAGAAUUUUAAAAAUAGACUUUCCAUUAGUCUAGAAAAUGAUAUGAGGCACGGGGAGGUACGAUUUGAUCAUUGGCUUUUACAUGCCAAAGUUGUGGAUUUGCCAACUAUAACAGAAUCACUAAAAACAAUCGAUAGAAAAAGUGUUUACAAAACUGCGGAUAUAUGCCAAAUGAUGAUAUGUAAAGAAGAAAUUGACCAUACAAGUGAAGAAGAGUUGCCCAGCAAAAAUAAGAAAAAAGAUCCUUUGAAAGUUGACAAAAAAUUUCUUUGGCCACAUGGUAUUACUCCUCCAACAAAGAAUAUCAGAAGAAGACGUUUUAGAAAAACUUUAAAAAAGAAAUGUGCAGAAGCUCCAGAAAUAGAAAAGGAAGUUAAAAGGCUUCUUAGAGCAGAUAAUGAAGCUGUUAGUGUAACAUGGGAAGUUAUAAAAGAAGAAAAUGACAAUGCAAGGAAUGAAAGUGUAUUGCCCACUAAGCCAAAGACAAAGAAAAAUCUAAUUGUAAAAGCAGAACAAAGUUCAAAUAACCAGUCCAAAGUCGAAGAUAUUUUUGGUGGGGCAGUUAGUGACAGUGAUGCAGAAGAUGAUAAUAUUGAUAUAGAAGACAGCAGAAUGUCAGCUUGUGAAGACCAGAUGUCUGACUCAAAUUCUGUUCAAGGGUCUGAAUACAAGGGAAGACAAGUGGUAACUCAAUUCAAGUCUGAAAUGUUUAGCUCCCCCAGUAGGGCUAGUAAUAUAGUCACGCCAGGUAUGAAUAAAAAAAGCGCUACAGUGGUUUCAGGUAGCAGUAGCUAUAAGGACCAGUACAAACAUGAUUUUAAUGAUAGUUCUACCCAAAAUGUGAAGGUCCAACAACUCACAGCUGAGCUUGAAGAACUUAAGCUGAGAAAACAUAGAACACAACUUGAAAUUUCAGGUCUUCAAAAUAUGACUUUGAAACAAAGGUUUCAAGAUAUUUUACAUACACUUAACAAUGAAAUUCAGUUGAAGGAAAUUGAGAUCAAUAACUGUGAAAAAUAAGUUUUUUCAACUGUGUAUAGGCAUUGUCUAAGUUUCAACUCUGAAAUUAAACUUGUUGCAAAUCAUUAAAGAAAAACUGAAAUAUCCAAAAGCUGAUACACACUUAUAAACCACUUGCAGAAUCUGUUUUAUAAGUAGUCAACAUUAUAAAGAGCUUGCUACAUUACAUUAUGUGCUGAAAAACAUGUCUAAACACUUAAAACUCCAGUGAAGCUUCAUAAUUAUGUGUACUGAAUAAUUUGUUAUCAAAUAUAAAAUAUGUGUUAAUAGUUUGUUUUUGAAUGUCAAUAAGUUAGUUGAUGUGUGAUAUAUUUAUAAGCAAUUAAUAUA